AUGCCAAUACCAAUACCGACCAAUAUCGACCAAUACCAAUACCAAUACCAAUACCGACCAAUACCAAUACCACCCAAUACCAAUACCACCAAUACCAAUACUAACCCAAUACCAAUACUAUUGGUAUUGAAAGUAUUGGUAUUGUUACAUCCCUACAAAGGGAUAACUUUGCACAACGCUUUACUGCAAUUUCGAAGUGAUUUCAUGGCAUCCAAUCAACAUACAAGACAAUCAUGGGAAUCGUCAACUACACCUGAAUCAGCGUACAAACCCGAUCAUCCAUAUGGUCAUGAGGAUCGAACAGGUGUCGGUUUGAACAAAACUGCCGUUAGACAUUGUGAAUCACGUAAUCAAGACGAUCCGAUGCGGCUUACUGACAAAAAUGCAUAUGGUUUCAAGACCAUGGUCAGCACGACAAAUGCAACUAGUGAACGUGCAUUCGUUGGAAGAAAUAAUGAACCAGCAGGCGUGACACGUCAGUAUAUCGGUGAGAUCAAUGGCCAACCAGCUGGUGCGUAUGCGAGCGAUCGCGGUAUGGGUCCACGUAUCAACACUACCUUUACACCGGAUGAAACAAAAGGCUUUAAAAGAAUCUAA